CAGCUCGUCUGCUAUUGGCUGCCAACCGACUAAUACUCUGUUGUUCAGUACAAAUUGGAGGAAACCUCACCGAGAAUAAAUAACAGAGAAAUCAAUUAUUUGACCUGAAAUUGUUAACUUAUCAUCAACAUCGUUUGUUUUUCGUGACUGUUGAAUGCGGGGAUACCUCGGAUACACAGAAGUUUGUUUUCUUGGAAAUCAUGCUAGCAUUGGGAGCUAACUAACUAGCCACCGUCUCGUCUCCUCCUCUUCAUCUUCAUGGGUUUCUGCUGUGGAGUCUGCCAGGCUUGUGCUGGAGGCAGCGGGGCAACAAAUUAAUGCCAUCGGCCAGGGUGGGUUUCCUUUUGUCUAUCUCCCUUUUCCGUCCAAAUACCUAUUUUCGACCUUUUCUUAACGAAAGUCUAAAUAUAAGAACGGAUGCCACGCUGACACACUGAAGCUAACUAAGAUGUUAGCAUUGUGCUUUCAGCUGAGCUAGCAUGUUAGCUCGGCUGCUAACGGUUAACGGCGAGUAUUUGCCUCUCAGCUCUGCUAACAUGUUGUAUUCCUCCCUCUUUUUAUUGACACGUACUUUGGUUUGACACACAGAACUCAGGUCAUAUUAUGAGUGGGGCGAGUUGUAAGGCCAACGGUGCCGUGUACCCCGCCUCAUCAGCGGUGAUGAACUCUGUGAAGAAGCCGAAGAUGGAGCAGAUACAGGCCGACCAUGAGCUCUUCCUACAGGCCUUUGAAAGUGAGACUUUACGGCCCCGUCUGUCUGUAACGCUGCUUUUCUGUUUAGCUUGUAUAAGAAGAACUCCCCUUGCUCUAAAUGAGCACUAAUAGACGUGUUUAACUUUAUUGUUGUUGUUUUUCUUGUCUUACUUUUAACUGACAGGCCUACAUGAUUUUACUGACAGUCUAAAGGGAGUCAAAGAUGUAAAUGUUGUGCCAAAAAGUGGCAUAUAUUUUCACAUGUAGCUGCUUUUCCAGCAAUCUCCUAACUAUACUCAUAAAAAACCUCUAAUAUAGGCUGUUUGCUGUCAAACUAACCCCCACCUGUUCAUGUCUCUUCUUUAUAUGCACUACUUUCCAGGAUACUCAAACUGGAAUUUCAGAUGCAGCGAACUAAUUGUGUCAUAAAUAGGGCUGGGCGAUAUGGGAAAAAGUUUAUCACGAUAUAUAUUUUUUCCAUAUCAGUCGAUAUCAGUAUGUAUAACGACAUAAAAAAAUCACUUGUCAAUCUUAAAUGUUCCCUGUUACUCUUACAUGAAAUUUAAAAUUUACUCAACAUAAUUUGCAGUGCGCAUUACUCUGCUUUAUGUCUGACUACAAAAAAACAAAAUACCUCCACACCACUGACGUUUUUGUGCCAGUGUUGUCGACAAUGUCAUAGUCUGUUGAGCCUUCAUCUGCAUUUCUGCUGGGGGUAGCCCCCUUUUUCUUUUUUUCUCACCGACAGUGCUGUCGGCUUCACGUGUUGAAGUGCUAUGGUUGCGUGUAGAUUAGAACAUGACAUGGGAGCGGAUUUUCACUCCUGUCCUGUCCUACUUUCAGAGAAAAAAUCCUGUCCUGUCCCAACCGGAGGAAAAAAGUUAAUCCUGUCCUGUCCCACUCCCGUAGAAUGACUCCCACUCCUGUCCCUCUCCCAUUUGACUUAAACCAAACAUGUUGAAAAAAGCUGCAUUUUUCAUUUUAGUGCAUAUUAUGCACUGCACUGCAAAAGUGGCAGCCGAGUCGGAACGGCAGUCGGUGUUGCCGGCAGCCACUCCGAGUCGCUUUUCACUUCCGGUGGUGACAGGAAGUCAAACCACUGUUGAAGUUCUUUUGUGUUGCUUGCGCGGUCAAGAGUGUUGGCUCUCGCUGAGAGAUGACUACAAAAAUGGACGCAUCUGUUCAUCUGGUUGUUUAACACGGCUGAAAAUGAUCAUCUACUAAUGUUCUUCCCACUCCUGUUGCUUUUUUUCCCGUCCCGUCCCGAUCACGGGAUUGAUUAAAAAAUGACUCCCAUCCCGUGGGAUUCCUGCGGGAAUCCCUUGACCCAUGGUAAUUCCCGAAAAAUGUCAUCCUCUAGUCUAGAUGCAGCCUGCUACUACACAGUUGUUUGCUACUUGUUUCUAAUUCAGCACAUGAUUGGACUGGAGCAGCUCCCCUUUUCAUUGGCUAUUUGUAUAGUAGGGGUGGGAAUCUUUUUCUGUCUCUCGAUUCGAUUCUGAUUUUUGGAGCCACGAUUCGAUUUAAAAUCGAUUUUUGAUUCAAAACGAUCUUUAUUUUGGUACCUUCUGCGCACGUGUGCGUUCCAGAACCGGCUGUGUGAUGACAUCAGGAUGUCCAGCGUAGUUCCAAAAUGGAGGCGGACAGGCAGCGGAUAUUAAAUCUUUUAAAAUCGAUUUUGGGACAUUUUAAAUAGAUUCUGAAUUGUAGUAAAUCAGAAUCACGAUCCUUGUGUGAAUCGAUUUUUUUGGUGCACCCCUAUUGUAAAGUCUGCCAAAACAUGGCAGAAUGCCAGCUAUGGGAAAGCAUAUUGACUAUGUGUUAUAUUAAUAUUGAGGGAAAUUAAUUUUGGAAAUAUAUCACCAUCGUUUUAUCGCCCAGCCCUAGUCAUAAAGCAAGACAACUGCUCAUUUAAAACCCAGAAGAUAGUCAUAAAGAUUGAACUUGUGUACUUGAAUGAACUUUUACAAAUGGCAGUGACAUUUCUCCAUCAGCAUGUCAGAACAUCACAGUAAUAGUUUUGUUUGUCUCCAGAGCCGACUCAGAUAUACAGAUUUCUUCGCACAAGAAACUUGAUUGCAGUAAGUCGCUCAUUGACCUUGUUUAUCUUAUGUUUGUUAAAUUAACCAUUCAGCCAAAUGAACAAUUAAAUUUGUGUUUUGUAAUGUUUUUGUUUUUUUUUCUAUUUCAGCCCAUUUUUUUGCACAGGACGCUCACCUUUAUGUCACACAGAAACGGUCGAACAAAUGCCAGAAGGUAUGAGAUCUUAGGUCAUUUCUGAGUUAUGAUAAAGUUCCCAAAAUGUAAACUGCACAUUCAUGAUGAAAAACUUAUUUCUGAUCAUUUACAAGAUUGGUUAUCUUUUUUUAAAAACCUCUAAUUUUCAAUCCUCUCUAACAGGAAAGCAUUCAAAGUGGACGAGAUGUUGCAAACAGUGGAGAAGAUGAAGGGAGAGCAGGAUUCUCCGAGGUAAAUGAGCGGAACAAGAGUUGGAGAAUAGUUUUCAGCAGAUUACAAGCAAAGAAUUGACGCAAUUUCUCAGCAUUUAAAAGGUAGAACAUGUAAUCAUUUUAAUCUGUUCUUGUCUGUUUGUUGCUUAGCUUGUCUUCACAUCUACAGUUAACUUUCACUGGGUUCUUCCAUAAGGAUGGUAAGUAGAUUUUGACCUUAAAGGUGUUUGUGUGAAGCUGUUUGCCUGUUCCAUGUCAAUAAAACACCACAUCAAAAAUAGGGCCACAUCACACACAGUCUUGGGAGAUCAUGUGUUUCUUCUUCUGUAAUCUAUCUGGAUUUUGUUUUGGAGCAAACAUGUUCAAAAGGAUUAACUGUAGCUUCUUUUUCUUAUACAGAAAAGCCAUCACAGAAUUCAGAAAAUGAACAAAAUUCUGUGUCCUUAGAGGUGCUACUUGUUAAAGUCUGCCAUAAAAAACGCAAGGUAAAGUAACCGAUAUCAAGAUUGUCUCUCCCUUUUUAAAGACUUAAGUAUCUCUGUUUCUUUUUCUUAAUUUGACUUUUGUGUGUUUCAGGAUGUCAGCUGCCCGAUAAAGCAAGUGCCUACAGGUAAAAAGCAGGUGCCUUUGAACCCUGACAGUAACCAAACCAAGCCUGGCUCCUACCCUUCCUUAAUGGUAUCCAGCAAUGAGUUUGAGCCCAGCAACAGCCACAUGGUCAAGUCCUAUUCACUCCUGUUCAGGGUGUCACGCACAGGGAGACGAGAUACUAAUGGUCUGGUUAAUGGAGUGGCAAAUGAAAACAUCGGUAGGUGAUCCGCGUUAAAGCCUUUUGUCUUCUAUCUUUGUCCAUGUGCUGUUUUUUUUGGGGUAGAAAUAGGAGAAAAUGGGACUCCUUGGCACAACUGAGAUGGAUGCUGGUUUGACAUGAAAUUUACUCACUCUAUGUUUGUUUUUCCAUAGAUGUAACGGAUACUCCCAGCAGAAAGAAGAGGAGUUCCUCUCACAGAGAGGAGGGAGAGGCCACAGAGACUUAUGUUGCACAGAUGACUGUUUUUGAUAAGAAUAGGUGAGGAUUUGUGUCUGCGUUGUCCAGUCGCUUUCUCUGCUCCUUUUUAAACACCUUAAUAAUAACAUAUUUGGUUGUUCCAGGAGAUUGCAGCUGCUGGAUGGGGAGUACGAGGUGUCCAUGCAGGGGAUGGAAGACAGCCCUGUUAGCAAGAAAAGAGCAACAUGGGAAACCAUUCUUGAUGGAAAGGUGAGGGGAGUGUUUUUUUUUUUUUAUCAAGUGGCACUGAGAUCUUUUCUCGGGCUCCCUUUCAUCGUUAAGCUUGUUGUCUUUCUUUUUACACCAUGUCGUCAUUUAUUAUUCGUACCUCUUGCAGAGACUGCCACCAUUUGAGACGUUUUCUCAGGGACCCACAUUGCAGUUCAUGCUGCGUUGGACAGGUGAUGCCAGCGGAAAGUCCACUGCCCCGGUGGCGAAACCCCUCGCUACCCGCAACUCAGAGAGCUACACCCCAAUGGAGACAAGGACGAGCAACCACCGAGCUGCCCUCAUGAGUAAGUACAAAGACAGCAGAGGUUAAUCCAAACUAAUGUACCGUGAUAUCUGGAAUUUCAUCCGUAGUCUUGUCGUAAAAACCCUGCUUCUUGUAGUGUUGUGCAUUACAGCUUUAACAACAUUUAAAACUGAUAUAUUCAAAGAGCAAAAGACAGAAAACAUCAACACGUGAGGAAGCUGUGAGGGCUUGUAAGCAGCCAUUGUCUUCUAUAUUUGAUAUUGUUAAAAGUUUUUCUUAAGGAUACCCAACAAAGAACUUGAAAACCCUUUUGUAUCAUAUCAGACUUUUUAAGCUGGAAGGUUUUGUAAAUUUUGCCCACUGUGGUACUGUCGUGGGAUGGUCUAUUUGUGACUGAAUGUGGGAAAAGGCAUGCUGUGAGUUAUUACUGCUGAGUGUGACUCAGCAUUUAUGAAUGUGCUGGCAGCAGAAAUUUCACUCCCUGAUAAAAAAAUUCACGUCACGUUUCUGUUGAAGGCACAGAAGUCUGUGACUUCAAGAUAAAGAGAUUUUUGUAAUCACGAAGAAAAAGAAAACAUGAUUUUGUGAUUUUUGAACCUUUUUUGGGCCACAGUUUUUUUUUUGUGUGUUAUAUCUUUUAAAGUGUCUCUACAGGGGGGCUUAAAGACUUGUAUCCAUGUUUCAUAAAAUCUUUGUACCUCGUUUAUACUGUUGAGACCUCCAAAGUACUCAUUCGAUACCAUCAACUUUUAGUGCCUUUUUUUUUCAGUGUGAUGUGAAAAUUUCUGCACCGCACUGCUUGCAAAAGUUAAAAAUAGUUAUAACCUAUUAUAUUUUCUUGCACUGGUUUCUAUGGUGUAUUCAGUUGGAGUUUAUGAAUGGAUAUUAUGGAUAUUGGAACCUGUGUUUUGUGCAGACUCAUCAUCAAGAAAGACUUGCCAAAAAUGGAAGCCAACAGUCUCACAUAUUUCUUCUCUGUCAGAGGCUCUAGCGUGUGUGUGCGUGCGUGUGUGUGCGCGCGUGUGUGUGUGUGUGUGCGUGCUGCUUUUCUUUUGAAAUCUUGAGAUAUUGAACAUCGAUCUGAAUGAAAAGAAUCUACUGCCAUGUUUUGUCGAUCAAGUCAACGCUAUGAUUUGGUGAUUUUCCCAAGAAUAACCUCUCCAUCUGUUCCCGUCAGCAGUGAAAGAGUCAGUGAGCACAGACAUUCAAACGAGGAAAGAGCAGGUCCCAUGUGAGCCGCGGCAGAAGCUACGUAUAUUUUAUCAGGUACACAACAACACAGUAAGAAAUACAAGUGGGCCUGGAACAUCAGUUUACAACACUGAUUCAGUAAGGUGGCUGUAAAGCACAAUUUCUCUGUGGUUUUUGUUGAUAGACUUUUAAAGUUUGGACUUGCUGUCAUAUUUUGGCACCUAAAAAUGAUAUCUGUGGGAAAAUAAUUGUUGACCGGGGGCGUGUGCAGUUAGUCGACUAAAUGAAAGUUGUAACCCUGCCAGAUGGCACCAAAAUUCCUUGUAGCUUUGAGGAGUUAAUAAUUUAUGUCAUCACUGUGGUACAGAUGUUACCUGCAGUGCUCCACCAUUUAACUCUAAACAAGCACAAAUGACAUUCGGCAUCUUGUAGCCCUGCACAGUUUGGCAGUAUUUUGAUGAGGCCAUGAAGAUAAAGUUGGAUGUAAAGCUGGUGGAGUUAGCUCUGUAACUAAAGCAAAACAACAAAUCAUGUUCAUUUUUUCCCCCUUAUAUUUAAACUCAUCAGUUGUUCAAAAUUUCGGUUUAAAUGUUAAGUUAGAAAAUCCCAAAUUUAGACUCUAAAGUAGUCCAAACAUCUAGAACAGUUUUAAUCACUCGGGUUUGUGUAUCAAAAUGUGACAGCAACUCUGGUGUUUCAUAUCACUCUUAAAAUCAUCCGACUGUAUCUGUCGAACUUUGAUCCUCUCCAGCCUUCCUUGGCACUCACACGAUCUUUCUUUGUUCAGUUCUUGUACAACAAUAACACACGGCAGCAAACAGAGGCGAGAGACGAUCUCCACUGCCCCUGGUGUACCUUGAACUGCAGCAAACUCUACAGCCUGCUGAAACACCUCAAACUCUCCCAUUCCCGCUUCAUCUUCAACUAUGUGGUAAGAUACCUGUGUCUUUUACUGGUCUAAUUUGCUCAUGGUAAAGAAAACACAACCUGAUAUUGUGAGCACCUUGGGGUCCACUAAUGUCCAAUUUACCAGAGAUGAUUUCCAAAGUUUGGCCUGACUCUGUAACAAAUGUGGAUUUAAUAGUGGAUUGCUGGUGGAAGCAAGAGACAACACUUACGGUUGGUGAUUUGUUACACAGCAUUGUGUCAGUCUCUCGAGAGCGAGUGUCUGUCAGAGAACAGGACUGCUUGCCUAGGAUUCAGGCACUGGGGCUGGUUUUUGUCACAUAGUGUCUGAGGAACACUGUUCAACAUUUUGAAGUUGCUGUUAGGGCUGGGCGAUAAACCGAAAAAUUUACCAAUAUCAAAAUUUACGACAAUAACCAGUCAUUCUGCCCAUAUCAGUAUAUUCAGUGUCAAAAAAUAAAUAAAUAAAGUUGGUUUUGGAUGUGUGUAGGUAGGCUAUGGUCUCAUGUCCCUUUUAAGACAUUGUCGGAGACGUGACUCCACCACAUCUAGUCCAUAACAAAGAGGGAAAGACAGGUGAGGAGAUGGAGGACAGUUCAAAAGUUUUAGCGGCUGAAGUAGACGAAGUUAAUGUGGGAGGGGGUGAGCAGCUCGUGGAGUAGUUAUCGUUCAUUUGUCAUUAUCGAGGUGAGCUGCUCAAUAUAUCGUGAGAUUGAUUUGAGGUCAAAUCGCCCAGCCCUAGUUGCUGUGAGGGUCAGCUGUUCAAAAAAAUACAGGCAUCCAGAAAAAGUCAUCCACCACUCACCCUUCGCUGGAUUCAGUUUCUCUUUGAUUUCACCUCCAUGAUUUUUAUGAACCAUCUCUGUUUUUUCAUCCUCAGCCUCACCCCAAAGGAGCACGGAUAGACGUGUCCAUCAAUGAGUGCUAUGACGGCUCGUAUGUCGGCAACCCUCAGGACAUUCACAGCCAGCCAGGCUUUGCUUUCAGCCGCAAUGGGCCUGUCAAGAGGACUGCUGUAACUCACAUACUUGUUUGCAGGUAAACUGUUGUCUGUGUCGAGUAAUAUGAACGAACCAGGAAAUUGCUAAAUAGUUGAAUUACCUCAAAUACACCCCUCAGAUUGAAGAACAAAAGACCAUUUUCCUAAGACUCGGUCCUCCCUUUAACACCCCUUACAAGACAAGUGGAGAUUCGUCCCACACAAAUGACCUCUGCGUCAGUUCAGAACUACAUGCAGCGCACGCUUAAGAAUUUUUACCUUCCCUUUUUUACAGACCCAAGAGGACCAAACCAAGUCUUUCAGAGUUUCUGGAGUCUGAAGAUGGAGAGCUAGAGCAGCAGAGGACCUACGUCAGCGGGCACAACCGACUGUACUUCCACAGUGACAGCUGCAUGCCCCUCAGGCCUCAGGAGAUGGAUGUAGACAGUGAGGAUGAGCGAGAUCCAGAGUGGCUCAGAGAGAAGACAGCCACGGUGAGAAACCAUUACUUAGUGUCCUUUUUGCUAAAUGAAGAUGUCCACAUCAUGUCACUUGUGUCAAUUAUAUAGUUAUCCUUGUGGAGCGAGGUGAAUAAUCUAAAUUACAAUUAUUGCUCCUAAAAUAAAGCAAUCAAGACUGACUGUGCAAGUACUUGUUUCGUCCUUUAAAGUGGAUAAAGCCCAUCCUCACUGCCUUUACAGCAAAGUGUGCGCCCUGCCAUUCCCCUCAAACAGAUUCUUGUCAAUACAGUGUACUUAAUUAUUAUUAUUGUUUUUUAUCAAUGAUGUUAACUUUUCAUGAAUUUCUUGCAGCAAUUGGACGAGUUCACGGAUGUAAAUGAGGGAGAAAAGGAGGUGAUGAAGCUGUGGAACCUGCACGUCAUGAAGAACGGGUAUGUCAGAACAACAGUGCUGUAAAUUAAAUGUUGAAACAAAUGUAAACCAAGUGCACUCUGGGAGUAGGAGAAAACUCUGUACAUAUCGGAAAAGACAAAGCUCCCGUAAAAUUUCCUUAAACAUAUUCCAUUCCAUUUCAUAUUCAUAUUCAUAUUCAUAUUUCCAUUUCACAUAUCACGCCUAACCUGCGUGAACCAGUCAUACAACACUAAAACACCAACCCAACAAAUCGGCUACAUUUUUUAAUGAAUUCCUUUAGUUAUUAACAUGAUCACUCACUAUGAGGCUGCAACGACCUGCUCAACUAAACAGACAAUGACACAACAGUGAGGGGAAACAGGAAUAAAGUAAAUAAGAUACAAAGUCAAUUAAAACACAUGGACAUGUAAUUGAGGGAACAGUGGUUUUAAUCUUUCCCCCACUCCCUUAAUUUGACAAGAAAGUAGGGCUGGGCGAUAAACCGAAAAUUUACAGAUACCGCAAUUUACGACAAUGACCAACGUUAUUUUGCCCAUUCAGUAUAUUCAGUGUCAAAAUAAAAAAAGUUUGUUUUAGAUGUGUGUAGGUAGGCUAUGGUCUCAUGUCCCUUUAAGAUGCUGUCCUAACGUCGAGGGAAAGACAGGUGAGGAGAUGGAGGACGGUUCAAAAGUUGGAGCGGUGGCUGAAGUAGACAAAGUUAAUGUGGGAGGGGUUGAGCAGCUUGUGGAGUAGUUAUCAUCCAUUUAUCGUUAUCAAGGUGAUGUGCUCAAUAUAUUGUGAUAUUGAUUUGAGGACAUAUCGCCCAGCCCUAUAAGAAAGGGUUCACACUGUGAGGGAACUUGUGAGCCAGUGAGUCAGGUAAAUUUCAGGAGCAGAGCUGAUAAAAUCCUCGAAGUUUUUCAGAGUGCAUUUAUGAAAGCGGCUUUUGAGAUACAAAAGUUGUUAUUACAGCACCACACUGGUUGUGUAGUGCUGCUGAAAAGUUCCUGAACUCGGAGGAAAACUUUUUAAUUUCACAGCUAUGGAAAAAAAUUACAAAAGAAUUUGAAUAGGAGGCUGAGCAGAUAAAAAGCACAUAAACUGGAGCUGUGGUAUCAUUGUAUCCCCAUACAAUAGUUGUUUAGUUUGUUCUUGUUCGUGCUUGCUUUACAAACUCUCCUCUCUUUUUUUUCUCUGCAGUUUCAUAGCAGAUAACCAGAUGAAUCAGGCCAUCAUGCUUUUCACCGAGAACAGUGGUACUCACAUUAUCCGCCGCAACCUCUGCCGCAACUUCCUCCUGCACCUGGUCAGCAUGCACGACUUUAACCUGGUGAGCACGGCCACCAUUGACCGCGCCAUGGCCCGGCUGCGACAGAUCCAGGAGGAGCUGCCGGACACAGAAGAGGAGCAGCAGGAUCCGAUUCUGGCCUCGGCUGGCGCCUGUAAUGGAAACGCUGUCACUUCCUCCGGAGGCAAACAGGGCAAGAGGACAAAAAGCGCGCUAACGGACUGAUGCAGGCUGAACGGGUGGAACAAUGAUCGUCAUGGGUUUCUAUUUUUGGUUGUUUUAUUUCUACCUUGUUUAUUUUUCGUUAUUGGACAUUACUGACCCUUUGGUGCUUAGAUAGGUGAGGGAACUAGUCUCUGGAGGAUCUGACCUGGAGCAGACUAGUAUACAAGGUAAACAAGUUUUCACAACUUGAUAAUUGAACCAAAUAUGAACAAUGUCAAAGUGAAUCACCCACAUCAAUACAAACCAGGAAUUUGAGGACUGGAUGAUGCAAGCUCAACCUGCUUGGUAUGCAUUUGUAGGUACCACUGAAGUAUCUGUGUUUGGGUGUGAGUGUGAACAGAGUCCUCUGAAGUGGCACAACUGUCUCCAGUAUGUCCUUGUUAUAGACAACUGUACAGAGACUACAGUUAAGGUUGGACUGGCAACAUUGUCACUGUUGAUUAUUUGUACACAUACACAAUAACCUUGUUGAAAACAUCCUUUUAGCUGAUUAUUUUAGCACUUGGUGUAUUUAGAAAGCUUACCUUAAAUUUGUCGUUUUUUUUUUUUUUUAAUUGUCAUGCUGCGCCAAAUGUUAAAUGCAGCUUUUCCACUGUCGUCAACAGAGAGACUUCAGUGGGUUUGAAUUCACUGUUGUGAAUGACGUUUAAUUUGAAGGACGUUCUCGUAAAAAUCUACAUUUUCAUAGAUGUGUGGAGUAUAUAAAGCCUUCAAAGCUUAUGUGGGAAGUCUAAAUAGUAGGGGUGGGAGAAAAAAAUCGAUGCGGCGUAGUAUCGCGAUAUUUUGUGAUAUAUAUCGUAUCGUCACAUUUAUCAAGUAUCGAUUUUUUUUUUCAAAUGAAUUGCCAAUGUCAAGUCAAAUCUACGGUCCUGGAAAAAUAAAAUCAACUGUUUGUCCAGACAUUAGGAAUGACACAUCAGGUUUGCAAGAUGAAUGACAUAAAAAUAAAAUACUGUGUAAAUAAGGCACAAAUAAAGGAAAGACAAAUGCUAAAUUAGGUAAACAGUUGGAAAAAAAAUUAUAAAUCGCAAUAUAUUGUAUGGCAAUACUCACUGUAUUGCAAAAUGUUAAAAAUUGCAAUGGGGCCAAGUAUUGUGAUAUCAUAUCAUGUGAUUCCCACCCCUACUAAAUGGACUGAUGGUUUUCCUGGUAGGUUGCCAUGAAUAUAGUGUUAUACUGUAAGCCUUGGACUAAAAUAACUCAUGAACUCCUACUUCUUCACCCCUAAGCCUUUUGGCCUGCAUCGAAAAUAGCUCAAGGACAGCCAGGGAACUCUUCUGGAUGACUUUCUUUUUUUUCCUAAGAUUUUCCGAAACAACCAGCAGAACAUCACCCCAUGUUCCAUGUAGUGUUCAUAGUGAGCGAGAUAUUCGAGCCGACAGCUCUCUGACGCUGCCGGCAUCUGUAGUUUCUUUUUAUGUCGAGGUUUGAGCAUAUUGGAGUGUCAACAUAACUUCCAGUAGCUGUUUGACCGAAAUGUGUAUACAUGUAAUUAUAUCAAAUGUUUAGCUGUGCCCCGUUCUGACUCCACUCCUUUUACAGAUUGCAGUUCCACUCUCAAAGCAAUAUGCUGUGUAUUGGGUGUUUGGUUUUCAGGUCUCAGUUCAUUUUCUGUCCUUUUAGGUGCGGUUAAUGCCAAAGGGUUCUAUUUUCAUCAGUCUCAUAGUUCUGUAUAUCUUAUCAGAGUCCUUUCUUUUGUUCAUUUUAUGAGAAGUUAUUAAAAAAAAUGACACUAGUAGUGUUUUUGUUGUGUGCACAUAAUUUGGGUGAUCUUCAAGGUUGAUUGUUUUCAUCAGAUUUCUCUCGUUGAAAACCAAAUUACCGAUAUAAUUUCCUCUCCAGCUUUUAUGGAAGGUUUUCUGUAUUCAUCUAAAAAAAACAAAAAAAAGGGAGACAUUUUCACCAUUACUGUCAAACACCCCAUUUCAGAUCUGUGAACUGUACACUCUGGUUAAGGGGAUUUUUAUAUUUAAAGAAAUAAAUUACAGUUAAUCUUA